AGUGACAAAGGGUUUGAGCAUGUUGUGUUAGUACGUACGAACCGAGAACGUGUGAGUUUAAUUUAAUUUGUUAUGCCUGAAGUUGCUGAAAGAAACACAGAGUAUCUUGUAAAUACUUAUUGUAUUGUAUUAUAAUUGUAUAGGUGAUAAAUUAAGGAUUCGAACAUCUCAAAUUGAGGCUAAUAAUAGUUAGAUAGUAUUUAGCCGCAGAGAGAAACAUGUCGAUCGCAUUCGUCCCUCAGCGACAGAGAGGAGGAAGAGCCAUGCCUGAUCAGGCAACAGUUCAAAAGAUGCUCGAUGAAAAUAAUCAACUGAUUCAAACAAUAAUGGAUUUUCAAAACAAAGGCAAGGGUGGAGAGGUUGCUCAAUACCAGCAACUUUUACAUCGUAACCUUGUGUACCUUGCAACACUAGCAGAUUCUAACCAAAAUAUGCCAUCAAUUGGGGGAAAUCCGGGACAAGGUGGUCAGCCACCAUCAUCUCAAGGAAUGCAUGGCCCACAUCCACAGGCUAUAAUGGGUUCUCAUCCGCAAGGCAUGCCAGUAAACCAAGGCAUGUCAGGACACCAUCCACAAGGAAUGCCUGGUGGUAUGCCACAAAGCAUGCAAGGUUCACAUCCACAAGGAAUGCAAGGGGCACAUUCACAAGGCAUGCCAGGACACCAUCAACCCGGAAUGCCAGGAGGCCCUCAUCCGGCGAACCUAUCUGGUUCACAUCAGCAAAACAUGUCUGCUUCCCACCAACAGAAUAUGUCAGGACCCCAUUCUCAGGGUAUGUCAGGACCCCACCCGCAAAGUAUGUCAGGACCACAUCCCCAAAGCAUGACCAGCUCACAUCCCCAAGGAAUGUCGAGUCCUCACCCACAAGGAAUGUCCAGUCCCCACCCACAGUCUAUGCCUAGCCACCAUUCCCAACAAAGCAUGGCCGGACAACAUCCUCAGCAGAACAUGGCAGGAUCACACCCACAUAGCAUGACGCCACACUCUCAAGGAAUGCAGAGUGGAGCCGUGCAAGGGCAGCAACAACAGAACAUGUCUCCAUCUCCACACUCAACCUCGCAGACUGUGUCAAGCCAAGGGCAACAGAGUAUGCCUCCUCCAAGUUACACGCCAAGCUCAACUCCAAACAGCGUCUCUGAUUCAGCUUCUGGAUCCAUGCCACCACCAGCUGCUCCACCAACGUCAUCUGGAAUGCCCAUGCAACAACUCCAAGGACCACCUGUGUCCCAACAGCAAAUACAAUUACAACACCAACAGCAAAUGCAACAACAAAUUCAGCAGCAACAACAACAAAUGCAGCAGCAACAACACCAAAUGCAACAGCAACAACAACAACAACAGCAGCAGCAGCAACAACAGCAGCAGCAGACAAUGCCUCCAUCACAGACCCAACAGCAAACCCAACAGCCUAUGUCGUCUACAGCCGGAUCACAGCCAAUGACCACACCUAGCAGAUACUCGGACAGCAUGGGUGGCGGGGCAUCAUCAGCUAAUUAUCCUCAUCCGACUAUGGGACCGCCACAAGGUAAAGGCGGGAUGAUAAGUUUGCAACAACAGAGUAUGAUGCAGCAGCAACAGCAGUCACAGUACCCAAUGCAAUCAAAGUAUUCAUCGCAAGGACAAAGUCAAAUGAUGAUGUCAGAACAGCAGCAAAUGGCAUUCAGAGGACAACCACAGUCCGGUCAAACAUCUUACAGUCAGUCCCAGAAUUUCCCACCUCAGUACCCCGGACAACAAGGCUAUUCAUCUCAGAUGCAGCGACAGAACUUUCCCCCGAGUGCUAACAUGCCACCAGGCAGUCAGUAUUCUGCAACACCUGGGAGCUACGGAGACUACCCGCAAGGUCAGGGAGCUCCCCCUGGGUAUGGGUAUAGGCAGCCCCAACCAGGCCAACAGCAGCAGCAGCAGCAACAGCAGCAGCCUGGGUAUGGAGGAUAUCCACAGGGCCAGUAUCCAAGCGGUUACCAGUGAGGUUGUACCAGUGACGAACUAGAGAAACUCAAAAUGAUAAUGAUCAACAUCUCUAAAGCUCUGUCAAGAUUAUCAAAUUUUCUUUGACAAAAAAGUGUUGUAUACCUAUAUAUAGUCAUGAUGUGCCUAUCUAUGGUCAUGAUGUGCCUAUAUAUG